AUGAAAGAGGAAACAGCUGACUCUAGAUGUUCACGCACAAAAGAGCUUUAUCUUCAUCGCGCCGUCGAAGUACAACCGUGCUUUAAUCGAGAGGUUCUGCGCGACCUCUCUGACCGUGCGACGACCGCAAGGUUAGAGCUUGAGGCUUGGGCGGAAGGCGAAAACAUUCAGUUCGAUGCGUCGCGUCUGGCUGAUCGCGUUGUUGCUGAGGAGGACGAUUCUGACUUACAGAUCUUACAAACCACCACUGCUGGCAAUUUCCAAACGCUGCGGGAAUGGGUGGCGAAACUGCAAUCAUCGCCAGACGGGGCCGAUCGACUCACACGUAUGUUCCUUGCUGCAAUAAAUGAGUAUCCCGACGAGGUUCUCGCCCUUCUUCUUGACACCGGUUUGGUGGACGUGAAUGCAGAAGAUGAUAUCAAUGAACGCAACUGCCUCCACGAAGCGGCAAUAUCGGGACGUCUAUUUGUUCUCCAGGCGGGGCUGGAGCAUGGGGUUGAUGUUGCGCAAUCAGAUGUUUACGGGAGAAUUCCUCUCCACUAUGCUUGUAUGCAUGGUAGAGUGGAGAUGGUCAAACCCCUCCUCAAUGCAGGAAUUUCAACUAUUGACAUGAUGGACCACGAUAACUUCACCCCGCUGAUUCACAGCAUCAUCCGGGACCAGCUUCCCUGUGUGGAACAACUUCUUUUCCAUAACGCUCGCAUAAAUCCGACAUCCGAGUCAGACCACAUCCCGCUGAAUCUGGCCUGCCAGCAUGCGUCUCUACCACUCAUCAACCUCCUUCUGGAGAGGAAUGCUGAAUUGCUCCCUGAUGCAGAGGGCCUGUAUCCACAGCAUCUUGUUGCGCGAUCAUGUAGAGGCUCGGAAGCUCUCCUUGUGCUUAAGAGCCAUGGGGCUGAUCUCGACCAAAAGGACAAGCUUUACCAAUGGACCCCGAUAUUCCAUGCUGCAAGCGAGGGAUGUGUUGGUUGUUUGAGAACGUUGCUAGAAUGCGGUGUAAAUGCUGAUGCCUUGGAUGAAAAAGGAUUGUCUGCUAUGUACUAUGCUGCAUGGGAAGGCCAUCUAGAAUGCAUGAUAUUGCUCUGGGCAAGACGGCCAGGCUGGGCCGUUACGCUGCUGCACGAUUGA